AUGGUUUUGAACAAAGUGAAGGCAGACAUGAGAGAGAAACGUCGUGGAUCACAGAGGACCGAGGAGAAGUGUGCGGAGGUGGUGUGGGAACGCGUGCACGAGUGCGUGCUAAUUGGCGUGGCGGACUGUGGGGGUGAGUGGGGGUGUGGGGGCGCCGGGGAGCGAAGCGCGACCCGCCGGGCGCGGGCGUCGAUUACCGCCGCCGCGGCGCGCUGCCGCCUGCCCCUGUGCCCGCCCGCCGCCGCGCGGCUGCCGGCGCUGGCGCGGGGGUGGAGCGCGAGCGACGGGCGGCGGCGGGCCAUACCUGAGACCGCGCGUACUCUAGGCAAAGCGGUACCGCGUGUGCGGCGAGCGGACGGCGCGGCGCGCGGCGCGGCAGGCAGGCGGCGGGCGAGCCCCCGGCCCCGGGCGCGACGCGAGUCGGACGCGCGCGCCAGAGCAGGCCUUGCGCAGGCGGGAGACGGAGGCGGCAAAAGGCACACGAACCUCUUUAUUGCAGUCAAAGUGUUUGUGACGGGCGUGGGGGACGUUCGCAACCAAAAGCGGCGCGUCUUGCGCGCGUCCUAUCGACGCGGGCGCCACGUGGGCGGGCGGGGCGGGGGCGGCCAGGGCGGGCUGGGCGGGGUAGCGGAGGCCCACUUGGAAGCGGCGCCAGCUCCCGCGCCGCCCCCGCGGAGGAAGGUUCUUGGUGUAAGAAAGCCGAUACGAUAGCGAUCAAAUAGAAACAAAGGUGAAUUUCAAAG